AGGAAAAAUCAAACAGAAGCCGUAUAAGUACAAUUCAAUACGGAAGCCUGAAACUUUCCUCUCUUCUUCUUCCCAACUCCUGCGCAGACCCUCCCGAUACCCUCCUCUCCAUCUGUGUUGCGCUGCCGCCCACGCCGGCUAGCUACAGCUCCUGCUCGUUGCCGCACCUCCUCCUCGGCAUACGUCCACCAUCUCGAACAUAAGCCUCUCCGUCCGUAGGUCUCUCUCUCUACGUCUGUUUCUCUCUCAUCUCUCCCCGUACGUUUUGCCCUACCUUCGCCGUCGUCACCCAAUUUCCGGCACUGAGAACUCCACCACCAUCCGCCACCAUUAGCCUGCUGAGCUACAGCACCGCCACACGACAUCGCACCCCAGCGCCGCCCAGCCAACACCGUGUGGACUCCAUCCUCACACCACCACCAGCCGAGCUCCUCCAAGCCACACAAACCAAGCCGCCUAGUUGCACCGGCAACGACCAAGGGGAAAAACCAAACCACGGAAGUCUUCCAUCACACACGUUUUCUCUGAAAAGAGCCGUGGACAAGCAACCAGCACUGACGGAGACCUUUGAGACACACCGCCCCUGCAAAGUUGACAUCCCAGUCACCAAAUUCAGCCGAUCACCACCCCAAGUUGGGUAAGGUCUGCCCCUUCACUGGGAAGAAGGUAAACAGAGCAAAUAAGGUUUCGUGGUAACCUCAGAGUCGUUUCUAACCCGAAGACUGGCCACACCCCUUCCACGGCCUUGGAAGUUCUUUCUCAAUAUUCUGUCACUGUAGACCAAAGAAGAGAUAUCAGUAUUCAUAGGGUUUUAUAUAGUUAGAGAAUAGAAAAGGCGAAAAGCAUUAUUGCUGGGAAACUCAAGCAAAGAUUAGUAGAAUCAAGAUGGUAAAAAAUGAGAAAAUCAGGUUGGGCAGGGCUCUAGUGAAGCAGCACAACCAGAUGAUGCAGCAGUCGAAGGAGAAGGGCCAAAUCUACAGGAACCAGCAAAAGAAGAUUCUUGAAUCGGUCACCGAGGUCACAGACAUCGACGCCAUCAUAGAGCAGGCCGAGGAGGCCGACCGUCUCUUCUCCCUCGACCACCCCAUCCCCAACCUCCUUAUCAAUUUGGAUUCAAGCACUAGCACUAGCAACAUGACACCAGAGGAAAGGAGAGAUCAACAGAAGAGAGAGGAGAUGCUACAUGCCAGUAGUCUCCAAGUGCCACGUAGGCCACCAUGGAAUGCUGGAAUGUCUGGAGAAGAACUUGAUGUAAAUGAAAGACAAGCUUUCUUAGUAUGGCGCCGAAACCUUGCAAGACUUGAGGAGAAUGAGAAGCUUGUUCUUACCCCUUUUGAGAAGAACCUGGAUAUCUGGAGACAGCUCUGGCGAGUCGUGGAACGUAGUGAUCUGCUUGUAAUGGUUGUUGAUGCCCGAGACCCACUGUUCUACCGCUGCCUUGAUCUUGAGGCAUAUGCACGAGAGAUUGAUGAGCACAAACGGACAUUGCUUCUUGUUAACAAGGCUGAUCUUUUACCAUUUUCUGUCAGGCAGAAAUGGGCAGAAUAUUUUCGCCUCAAUGGGAUUCUCUCUGUGUUCUGGUCAGCUAAAGCUGCUUCUGCUACUCUUGAAGGGAAAGAUUUUAGUGAUUCUCGGAAGAUGCAAGACACCCAGCAGAUGGAUAACCCUGAUACAAAAAUAUAUGGAAGAGAUGAGCUUUUGGCCCGCUUACAGUGUGAGGCAGAAGAGAUCGCCAAGAUGAGGAGGAAACCACACUCCAAUAGUACAGGGUCAUCUAACAUUCAGUCUCAGUCUCCUCGUAGAGAUGUUGCUGGAAGUUCUGCAUCGAAGAGUGUAAUUGUGGGAUUUGUUGGCUAUCCUAAUGUGGGGAAGAGCUCAACAAUUAAUGCUCUGGUUGGCCAGAAGCGCACAGGUGUCACUUCUACUCCAGGGAAGACUAAACAUUUUCAAACUCUCAUUAUUUCUGAUGAGCUAACCCUAUGUGACUGCCCCGGAUUAGUAUUUCCAUCCUUCUCAAGCUCAAGAUAUGAGAUGAUUGCAUCUGGAGUAUUGCCUAUUGAUCGGAUGACUGAGCACAGGGAGUCUAUACAGAUAGUGGCCAAUCGAGUUCCUAGACAUGUCAUUGAGGAUGUCUACAAGAUUAAGCUGCCAAAACCAAAGCCAUAUGAGCCACAGUCCCGGCACCCUCUGGCAUCUGAACUGUUGAGAGCUUAUUGUGCCUCUCGUGGGUAUGUUGCUUCUAGUGGACUGCCUGAUGAAACUAGAGCUGCCCGCCAGAUUUUGAAGGAUUACAUUGACGGGAAGUUGCCCCACUAUGAAAUGCCCCCUGGAAUAUCCAAUGAGGAAGGUGAAUUGGAAGAUACAGUAGAACCACACUUGUCUGAAAAUGAUAAUUCAGAUUCAUCUGAUAUUGAAAACCCUCAAGAAGUUCAAGGUGAAGAUGCACCUAGUUUCGAGCAUGUGCUUGAUGAUCUCAAUUCGUUCGAUAUAGCUAAUGGUCUUUCUUCUAAAAAGGUCACGUUUAAGAAGCCCAAGGCAUCUCAUAAACAACACAAGAAACCCCAGAGGAAAAAGGAUCGAUCGUGGAGGGUUGAAAAUGAUGAUGGUGAUGGAAUGCCAGUAGUAAGAGUCUUUCAGAAGCCAGUGAAUGCAGGUCCUGUAAAGGCGGGGCGUGAGGAUGGUGAUUGAGAGUGGGUAACUUCUGUUGGAUCAUGAUCCUGCAGUACUUGUUGUGGCUGCAAAUUUAGUAAUUGACUGCUUGUGUGGCUCGCUCUCUUCAUCUUGCUCAGAAAAGAGAGGAUACAGAAUGAAGAUUAUAUUUUUGACAUGGCUUCUUGCAGUUGUGUAAUUGAAGUUUAGUUGAUGGUGUAGAGAAUGCAUGCAUUUACUAUUAUCUUUUUCUUUGCUGAAUAAUUUGAAGACGUGAAUUUCACCAAAUAAUUUUGUUUGUGUUUCA